GGGAGCAGGUCCUUACCGUCACACAUUUUGGUCCAUUCUCUGACCACAGCUGCCUCUACAGCAUAUGUGUCAAACUCAAGGCCUACGGGCCAAAUGUGGCCUGCCACGUCAUUUUAUGUGGCCUGCAAGAGCUUAAAAGGUCUGAUUAUCACAAUAAAUAAGUCAAAAGGGUGCAUUGACCAUAAACUACAUUUCCCAUAAUGCAUGCCGAUCAUCAUGCAGUGUUUCCACAUCAGUGCCAUUUUCCGAAUUAAGAAAUACAAACAGUGAUCCCAAAAUGUCCAGGAAGAGAAACAUUGAUGCAGAUGGAAGGCUGUCUCAAGAAAGAUGGGAAGGCGAAUAUAUGUUUGUGCUUCAAGGAGAAAAACCGGUAUGUCUUUUGUGUUAUGAGGCAGUGGCGGUUGUCAAAGAGUACAAUCUACGUCGGCAUUUUGACACCAAACACGGAGCUAAGUAUGCCAAAGUGAGCCUUCAAGAAAAACAACAAAUGGUGCAGUAAUUAAAAGGCAAAUUGUGAUCGCAGCAGGAUGUGUUCAAGAGAGCCACAACCAAAAACAAUGCGGCAGUGAAAGCUAGCUUUAUUGUGGCUGAAGAAAUUGCCCGUGCUGCCAAGUCUUUUUCAGAGGGUGCAUUUUUGAAGCAGUGCAUGCUGAAGGUCUGUGAGCAGGUGUGUCCCGACCAGAUACAGAUUUAAAAAUGUCAGUUUAUCAAGAAACACCAUUGUGGACCGAGUUAAGGAACUAGCAGGAAACCUGGCAACACAGCUGGCCGAAGAGACACACAGCUACAUAGCUUUUUCAUUAGCUCUUGAUGAAAGCACAGACAACACGGAUACAGCGCAGCUAUCCAUUUUUAUUAGAGGCGUCAAGUCGGACCUUUCUGUCACCGAGGAGCUGUUGGAUGUAGCUGCCAUGCAUGGGACCACAACAGGACGGGACAUUUUUGAUGAAAAAGUUGGUGGGAUUAACUACAGACGGUGCACCUGCAAUGUGUGGAGGAAAAGCUAAUGUGGACUAAUGAAGGAGAAAAUGCAAAAAAGUAACUGUCACACGCCUCUGAUAACGUAUCAUUGCAUUAUCCAUCAAGUAGCUUUGUGUGGGAAGGUGCUGGGGAUGAAUGAUAUAGUGACCACAGUCAUGAAAACUGAACUUCAUUCGGGCGCGUGGCCUAAAUCAUCGUCAGUCCCAGCUGUUCUUGCAGGAGAUGGGCUCGGAGCACGGCGACGUGCCGUACCAUACAGAAGUACGGUGGCUGAGUAGGAGCAAAGUCCUCAAACGAUUUUUUAAGCUUAGGGAAGAUAUUGCUCUUUUCAUGCAGAGUAAAGGAAAACCCUUGUCUGAACUGUCAGAUCCAAACUGGCUGUGUGACAUAACUGAGCAUCUCGCCCAACUGAAUCAGAAGCUGCAGGGACGCAAACAGGUCAUCACGCAGAUGUCCGACAUGAUCACGGCUUUCCAGCGUAAACUUGAUCUAUAGAUGUACCAAGUGAAACGGGACAAUCUUGCCCACUUUCCUGUUUGUCAGAGCAUCUCAGCCGCAUUUCCUGGUACUUUUUCAUGUACUCAGCUAGCUACCAAACUGAGCCGGUUAAUGAAUGAGUUUGAUCGGCGCUUCUCUGACUUUAGAGCACAGCACUCAGGCUUUGCCAUCUUUGCCAAUCCUUUCACCACCGACGUCUGCACUGCACCCCAACAUCUUCAGAUGGAGUUAAUAGAGCUUCAAAGCGAUAGUGGCCUGAGAGCAAAGUUCCAGGAUGCUGCAAUCCAGGACUUUUACCGCCAACUAUCCCCUGGUUUGAUGCCACAGCUUCGACUUCACGCUGCCUGUGUUCUGUCUAUGUUUGGGAGCACCUAUCCUUGCGAGCAGAUGUUUUCAAUCAUGAAUCUAAACAAGACCAAGCACAGAUCACGCAUCACUGAUAACAACCUCCAUGCGGUUCUACGGAUUGCCUCAGCACAAGACCUAAAACCAGACAUUGACACACUGGCCAUGGAAAAAAGGUGUCAGAUAUCCGGUCAGAAAACACAUAGAACAUGAUCAAUGGAUGAGGAUGGUGGAGAGGGGAUUCAUGUGGCAGCAUCUCCUCAUCAACUUCACCUUAAAACUUGACCAAUAUAGUUGUGAACUGAGACAACCCUUGUGUUGUUAUUUGGAGUUUAUUACAUAUACUACGUUAUAUGUGUAGCAAUGUAUUUAGUGUUUGCAGGUUUAUGUGUUGAUGCAGACAAAUGUUCACUGUAAUCAAACCACCUCCCAUUAGUUGGAUGUAUCCCCUUGCAAGGCUGUGUGCAGCCAUUUGUUUGUGUAAAACGCUACACCUGUCACACAUGUUCUUAGCAGCUCACAAUUGUUGGUUGACAGUUAUUCUGCCCCUCUCAACUCUCUCAACUAUGCCAAAAAAGUUUUGAACAAAGUUAAUGUCAUAACUUGUUAUUUAUCCUUAUUCACUUGGAUAGUUUGAUCUUUGAUUGAUGGAGUAAUGUGGGUUUCAUAAGCUGACAAAUUAAAAGGAUUUAUGUUAUAACAGAGCAACAAGCAAACAUUUCUUUUUACAUUUAUGCAAAUAUAUAUGUAAUAUUUGUAAGUUGAAUAAUUAAAAUCCAGAAUUAUUUAACAUUAAGAAGUAGUUGCAUUUAUUUUUCA